CGGGCCCUGUCAUUUGUCAAAAUCCUAACCAAGGUCCAAGUUCCAUUCCAAUGUGAUUAAAACCGGGCAAUUCGUCAUAUAAUGCCCCAAAAUGAGCCUCUCCAUCAUCCGGCGCUUCAGUUCUACGGCUCCUAGGUUAGUUUUUAGCCGUUUCAAAACCGAAGCCCCCCUCUACUGGGAAACCCUCAAAACGGUGAACCGGGAAGCCUUCCAGAAGAAAAUCGAAAGUCUAAAUAACUGGUACACCCGUUUCCUCCAUUUGGACGAAGUCAAGCUCUACCAAGACCGCGUCGUGGCCCUCCAAGAGCGCCUACUCGAGGCACAGGAGAAGCGCCGUGAGAUCGGGCGAAGCCUCGCCGAGAUCCGCAAACGCUCCAACCAGUUGCAGGACGAAAUCCACAAAGUAAAACGCCAGGAGAACCUGGAGAAGUUUUUGAAUUUGAUGAAGGAGGAAACGGAGGUUUUGAAGCUGGAAAAUGAGGUGGCGCGGUCGUUCCAGGAGUGCGAUCAAGCUGAAAGGGAGCUCUUCACGGCUUUUACCAACGCGGUAAGGGACUCGCACGAGAAACAGAGGGCGCAGGUGGAGUAUACAAAAUAUUUCGGGAUUAUUUUGAGUAUCACGGGGUCGUUUUUGGCGUUUUGCUACACAACUUUGAGGAAAGAUGACUUGAAACGGUUUAUUGAGGAGAGUUUGAGCAGGAAUUUGGUCGUAGAGUCGCCAACGUCUAGUGAUAACGAUUUAAUCAAUUUUGUUAAAAGUGAGACUGCGAGACUCAGUGAUGUAAUCAGUUUUAAGCAAAAUGAAAUUAGUCGGAUGAUAGAACGGGAAAAUGAUGCACAAAAAAAGCAACUCUUGUAUUACAUAGGGGCCAGUGCGUUACUUUUAGUCAUUUUUAAAGCAAUUUCGAGUAAUUAAUUUAUUUGUAUGAUACAAAAGUAGUCUAUAAGUAAUAAACUGUUGUUUUUGG